UACAGAAUUAACUACUAAAUUGACGAAGAUUAGACAAGACAGUAGGUGAUUUGUGAAGAGUGAUUGAUUUUAAUUUUUUUAGUUCCAAUAAAACAAAAAGUAAUACAUUUCCAAAAUGUUGCGAUCUAGUUUAGCUCGUGUUGGUUCCUUAUUAAAAUCAACAACGGUCACACGUAAUGCCGUUGCCGUGCGAAAUAUGUCCAAACAUUCGACAGAAACAGAUGAAGAAUUCGAUACAAGAUACGAGAAUUACUUCAACCGAAAGGAAAUCGAUGGAUGGGAAAUCCGUAAAGGAAUGAGCGAUUUAUGUGGUAUGGAUUUAGUACCCGAACCAAAAAUCAUUUCAGCCGCAUUAAAAGCAUGCCGACGUGUAAAUGAUUACGCAUUAGCUGUACGUAUCUUGGAAGCGAUCAAAUACAAGUGUGGUGGCAAAACUGACAUCUACCCAUACAUUCUACAAGAAAUUGCACCCACAUUGAAAGAGUUAGGCAUUGAAACACCCGAACAGUUAGGAUACGAUCAACCAGAAUUAGGAUUACAAUCAGUAUAUGACCUACAUUAAAUUCAAUCCUAAUUUUUAAUUAAAAAUUUUAACUUACAUUAGCAAAAAAUCAAAGUUAAACUUGUAGAAAGUUGUACAAAAACAAAUCAAAAUAUGUAUUUAUCAAUAAAACAAUUGUUUAAA